CUCCCCAGAGCGAAGUUCAAGCGGAGAUAGCGUCACUUGACGCCCGUCCGCUCGAGUAUGACUCACAAUCGGUGCAAGCUGCCAAAGAGCGACACGUACAUACGCUGUAUGUAGCCCGAGCAAAAGGUGGCCUUGUUUUUGCUUUCGACGGGAGUUGCAGCGAACACACAAGUGCGUAUGGGUUAUGUCACUCUUUGAAAACGAAUUUACAAGCGACAUGGUCGGUGGAGUGUCAUCAGACGUGACAACUAUGCGCUGCAGUAAGUGCGAACACGAAAUCCUUCUGAAGCCACCAGUCAAAAAGUUUGUGCCGUGCGAAAAAUGUGGCGACAUCAUCUGCACCAGCUGCCUCGCAGUGCACAUGAAGAUGAACUGCAAGACAUAUCAAGAAGGACUAGAUGCGACGCGGAGAGCCUGCAAGCUCCCAAAGAUACCGGAGCCACGACGCGGCCGACAUCAAGAGGAUAAAACAGCAGCGUCCAAGCACGGAGAGGACAGUGACGAAGAUUCUGGAGAGGAACAGAUUUGUGGCUACGAGAACACGUGCUUCUUCACGUUCAACAUGCCUCGCUGGGCGACCAGGUUCCGAUGUCCAUUCUGCCUUGUAGAGUGCACGCUCAACGGCACCGAGAGAGUUUACAGGCCACUCACGCCUCACGCGAAGCCUCCAAUGUCUCCGACUGAAACGAAACUGGUGCAAAGAAAGCAAGAGGAUCCCUCUUGCAAUGAGACGCCGCCCUCCGCGGGUUCCGUGAUGCCCUGGAGGAACAGUGUGGAACAGUCCCCGCCGUACGACCACACCAAGAGGUUAUUGGGACAGUCUAAACACAAUGAGGAAACCUCCGGAUCGACUAAUGCGGAACCUUCCAGUGGCGGCUUACAAUAUACGGUGAACAAUACACGGCUGUCCAAACGAAGUGAAAUGCCUUCCAAGAGCAAAGCUGAUCCAUCAAAAGGUGGCUUCGAAGUGUGCAAGGGAAUAUCCAAAUCCAGUGACAAAAUUGACUCGGAACCGCACUUGAACCAUGGGGAGUGGUCCAGUGGGGGCUUGCAAAGCUCCGCAAGCGCGUCGGGAUCGUCUAAAGACAUAAGGGGAACCUCGUUGAAAGGCCUCGAACGUUCCGUGGUCCACUCGGCACCGGUUAAGUACAACAGGGAUCCUGCCAACUACAGUGCACUGCCCACUAGCCACACACCAUCAUAUAAAAGCUACUCGUAUGUGAACGACACUGGCAUUUACAACCGCCCCGAGGCCUGCGUUAAGUCCAAGAAUGAUGCGGAGCUGUGUAACGGUUACUUGGGGAUAUCAACUUGGUCUUCCAGACAAUUUGAAUGCAAUCAGGAUGCCCAUAAGAACAACGGUCACCCGAUCAUGAAACACGCAGCGUCAUCUGAAAGCGAUUCGCGAUCCUCCGCGGCCGACCUUUUACGAGUUAAGAACAACGCGGUGUCUGCCACGAAAUCAGUGCAGUCGUCGAAGAGCCACGCGGAGACGUCCAAGAGAGACCUGGAACACCGCACCAAUAAUUUCGGAUCUAGCGAAACCUGCAUGGAAUAUACCAGGAGCAUACAUGUUCCCAGGGACACGUCCUCCGAUGUACCAAAGGCAGUGUCUUCGCAAAAGAGAUCCACGGACAAAUACUCGGAUCAUGACGCGUGCAAGUCAUCGGCUAGUGACGACGUCGAGAUGAUUUCUGAAGAUGAGUGCACCGAGGGCGCCAACAUGGAAGGUGUAGGGAAUAGUAUGGACACCUUGUAUCUACAGGAGGAUUACUAUCAGAAACCGGCCAAAGAUUGCCAGAAGCAAAAUAUGCCAACGCAAUGCGCUGAGCUGGAGAAGACAUGUCAUCCGCGUGAACUGUCAUCGAGCUCCCAACCAUUUACUGAAAAGUUUUCAAUAUCAGUCGAUGGACAGCAGGAGGUGUUGGUCUGCUGUACGUCGCCCGGCUGCCCCGGGACUUUUUUUGUUCAUAUUAAUGAGAAGACGUUCGACUGCUCCAUAUGCGGGCAGCCUUCUACACGCAAAGGCAGUGGACCGUCUCUAGCAAGACCCGAAUGUGACAGCGAUAACCCAGGAGAGACUUCCACGACUUCUGUCUAUGAUGCAUCGCAGAGUAGUACCAGAAAAGAGAGAGGACAGCAGGAUUCAAGUAUACCACAGAAAUCAACAAGCAAAGGGAAGGCUGCUGAGAAAACUGUCUACUGUAAAACACCUAGGUGCCAGGGAAGUGGUGUAGUCGGCCCUACUCAAAAGUCGUUCAUGUGUCCACUGUGCCGCCAAAAUUAUACGGUCAAAGAGUGUACAUGGCCACCAGCACUACCCCGUACCCAGAGCAGUACAUCGAAAGAGGUUACAGAAUCAACGAAGAGCAACGAACAACGGAGAGGUCAACCAAACCGCUAUAAACCACAGAGCACGGAAGAGUACCCGAGAGAAACUUUCCAGUGCAUGAUGCCGAACUGUACUGGCCAAGGCACAAUCACCUGCACAAGCAGCGACCGCUGGUUUCACUGUCCCCAUUGUAAAGUUCGCCAAUGCCUCAACUGCUACGUCGCACACGAGUCCCUAACAUGUCGUCAGUACCAGAAGUCGUUGAAAGAGUCAGGACAAAGACUUGAGAGUCUGACAUAUGCACAAGUGGCGAACAAGGGACACCACAAGUCAAGAGACGGCACAAAAUCAGGUUAUUAGUGAUGUGCUGUCAUGUGGCCACGAAUAAUGCCAGCUACAAGUUCACAGACAUGUCUGAUUCAAGGUGGUCAUAAUAAAACCGGCCUGUGAUUAUUGUGUUAUAGGGACCGCAUCAAAUAAAGUAAACAGAUCCAAUGCG